AUGGGUAUGCGUGAUAAUCAAUGGUUAUUGCGUCGAAUAUCAUUACAUGGUAAUACUGAUAAUAGUAAAAGUAAUCAAGAUGACAUUAGUAUUGAUGACCUUGCUGUUAAUCAAGGACUUUGUCCAAAAUCAAUUAUUUGUGAUUUCGAAAGUAAUGAUCUAUGUAGAUAUGUUAAUGAUCCAACGAAUACAAUCGAUUGGAAACGUUUGCAGGCUGAAAAUGAUUCAUCAUUACCAUCUACUGAUGUUACUUAUAUUGAUUUUAAUUGGAGACGAACACCAUCGCAUGAUACUGGUCCAUCUGGUGAUCAUAUAACAGGUACAGGUUAUUAUGUUUAUAUUGAAGCUAGUACUCCACAAAUACCUGGCAAUCCAACAACAUCAAGUUGUCUUGUUUUUUUUAUAACAUAUGUUCGAAUCGUAAAUACUUGGAAAGGUGAUAUAGCACUUGAUGAUAUUCAACUCAACCAUGAUAAUGCACCACCAAGCGGUAGAUCAUGUUUACAUUUAUGGUAUUAUCUUUAUCGAGCUGAACAAGGUACAUUACUAAUACAACAAAAAUCUGAAAUCGGUCGAGCAAAAAUAAUAUGGACUAAAUCAAACGAUCAAGAUAAUAUCUGGCAUCAAAAGCGCACUACUGUUCCACCAUUACUGGAUUCCGGGACCGCUAUUGAUGAUCUUCUUAUAUUAACAAAUUCAAGUUGUACAAGUCUAACGAUAGCAACAACAACUACUACCAUUAUGACAACACAAAGUUCAUAUUGUAAUUCGACACAUUUUCAUUGUUUACAAAAUACUCAUCAAUGUAUACCAAAAGAUCAAUUUUGUAAUUUUAAUAUAGAAUGUAUAGAUCAAACAGAUGAAUUAUCAUGUCCAAGAACAUGUAAUUUUAAACAAAAGAAUUUAUGUCUUUGA